AUGGUUGAGAUGAGUUGUGAGAAGCAUGACUAUUACGCAGCUGGAUCACAGUUUGUGACGCAUACUAUGGGAAGGGUUUUGGAGAAAUACGGAGUUGAGUCUUCGCCGAUCAAUACUAAAGGGUAUGAGACGUUGCUGGAUUUGGUGGAGAACACAUCGAGUGACAGCUUUGAGCUUUUCUAUGGUUUGUUUAUGUAUAACCCGAAUGCUCUUGAACAGUUGGAGAGAUUAGAUAUGGCGUUUGAAUCCGUUAAGAAGGAGCUGUUUGGGAGAUUGCAUCAGCAGUACAGGAAGCAAAUGUUUGGUGGGGAGAUUCAAUCCCCUAAGAAAACAGAGCAGAAAUUGCUCAACGAUGGUAAUGUUGUUCCCAUCAAAGAUGUAACAUCAUCAUCAUCAUCUUCUUAA